GUGGAAUAAUCAGCCAACACCAUUGUCGAGCCUCGCGCAACGACCAUGCACCACAUGGACGAAUCAUCGUCGGUACCGCAGGAUACGAGUGUGUACUUGGAAGACGAUGCCAUGGAUCUCGUCACCAAGGGGUAUCUGACGCAAGAGAAGUGGCUGGAGCUUGGAAGCGGCGACCUGGCCACUGCAAAAGAAAAGAUUCGCCAAUACAUCAACGAGCAGCUCAACGAUUCGGUGCGACUUGCAUUGACAAAGCAACCAACCGAUCAAGUGCUGCAUUCGGACAUUAUUGCUGCGGCUGCAGGUGGGCUUUGGGGAGCAGCUAGUGCAUGGUUGAAGUCCACGCCCAUAUUGAAUCCCCCACCUCAGGUCGCCACUCGCAAUGUGAUCGACCCAGCAGGACCAUCAGAGCCUCGAUCUUCGACGUUCCUGUGGAACACGGCCAAGGAGGCGGCGCUUAAAAGCAUGGAAACAAGUCGAAAGAUCCGAACCGUGGACUUCCUGCAGUUGAGCCACUACUGUGGCGACGAGUUGUCGUGUGACCACAUUGUCAUUGCCAUCAAUGGCUUCAUGACGCACGGACACACUCCGACCGUGAACUGGGAAGCCAUCGGCCGCAAGAAGAACGUGUCUGGCUAUGUAGUGCUGUGGGAGGCUGGGAAUGCAGCCGAGUGGGAUGCCUUUUGCAACGAAACCAGCGUGCACCUCGAGACAGGCCAAGACGACACGAUCGCCAGCCAUUUCACAGGUCCAGUCGCUCCAGCAUUCCCAACUCACGCUGACUGCUUUAGUGGGCAACCCGUGGAACAAGGCGCAAAACAAAGCGCAUCAAGUGGGCAUCGUGUUGGCCGAGCUGUUGAUCUCCACGCCCGUGUUCUCCCGCAGUCGAAAGGUGACGCUGGUCGGUCACUCGUUGGGCAGCACCGUGAUCCAUAGCUGCUUGCAGCACUUGAAUACCCACAACCGCACCUCGAACAACACCCCCCUGCAUCUCCAUCAAGCGGUGAAUAUAUAAUAUAUACUUUACGUAUACAAUCAGUAUAUGUUAUAUAUAUAUAUAUUGACCCUGAACGCAAAUGGGUACUUUUUAGGUGUUUUUUGCUGGGGCGUUCGUGCCAGACCACGACUUCGCCGCCAUCACGGACGCCGUGUUUCCAGCCCUCGCCAGCAACCGCAUCCUGAAUGUGUUUUCGUCGCAAGAUCACAUUCUCAUGCACUUGUUCUCGCUUGUCAACAUGCACAUCACGCGGCCCGCGGCUGGCUGCGCCGCCAUCCGCUCGAAGCACAUUCGUAACAUCGAUGUAACCGACUUGAUUCCACCCACGCAAGCGUCCAUCCUCGGCCACAGCUACGAAAAGUUUAUGGACGCGAUCGUAGAUCGCAUGGGGGCGCUCUUGGACCUCCCCGAUACCAUCGCGGCAAAGUAAUAAAUAAUAUACUUGGUAUUAUAUGCAACAUAAAA